AUGGCUGGUCGAAGUCAGAGCUUGCAAAUUAAGGAAAAUAACGUGUCUAACUUGCAUAUUUGUGGCUGGAGACAGAACCUGGUAGCAUUCAAGAGUUACCCGUUGGAAUCUAUUGGUCCUCUCGCAUGCACCAGCGAUGGAGCCUACCUUGCUGGCGGUGGUGCGUCUGGCCGAGUCUAUUUCUGGGAGGUGGCGACUGGUCGAUUGCUAAGGCUCAGGCCAGGCCACCACAAAAACGUGGGUUGUCUCUUUGUGGUUUUGGAUACGGAAGAUGAUGGUCAAGGAGCAGAGGGACAGGUCGCUGCCAUGUAUGGGUGGUCUGAUCACACCUUGCUUGUAACGGGGCUUCUUGCAGGCUCUGGCGACUCUAGUGUCAUUGUUGUUUCUUGUUCUUUGGAACAUACAUGCAAGAUCUGGAGCCUUGCCUUGGGAACUCUAUUAAGGUCAGUAAUCUUUUCGACAGCUUUAAAUGCUGUUACUCUGGACCCUGGAGAGUAUGGAUUGUAUGCCGGAGGAGCAGACGGCAGAAUUUUUAUCACUGCUUCGAAUUUUGGGGUACCUAUCACGUCUGGGAUUCUCACCGAUGGCGUUCUUGGCACCGAUACCGCUCUUAUUGGGCACAUGUAUAGUCAUAAACUAUUUUUGUUAUUUUCAUGAUUUAGCUCAUGUAUUGAUUGUUCAAAAUCUCUUUUCAAUUGUGGCUUGCUGAGAUCAACGAGUACGAGUUUUAAACAUGAGUUGUUUUGGGAUCUAACAAACGGCCAGUUACUUCAUUAGCAUUUAGUAUGGACGGGGUAUCUCUAGUUUCUUUCAGAGAGUUAUUUAAAAAAUAAAAAAUAAAAAAAUAAAAAGCUUGGAGAUAUGUAAUGAUAAUGAUCGGAAGCCAAGAAAAGUCAUACACACUCAGCUCUUCUAAACAUGUCCCAGCAUUGUAAGACUCACUCUUUGGAAAGUAUUGAGGAAGAAUGUA